UAACCUACAUAGAGUCGCCCUCUACGUCAUUUUACCUAGUAGGGUAACGCCCAUGGUUGUCAAUAACUAAUACAAUUAUAUUAAACGCUAACAAUAACAGGUGCAGUGCAUGCUGCGUGAGGCAAAGAAUUGCAGGGUGUUAGAAUUUGUGAUUAACCGGUUUAUAAUCUGGGUAUUACAAUCGCCACCCCUGCUACACGUGCCUGGAGACCGGUAAAUUGGUAAAUUGUACUAGAAUCCAAAGAAAAGGACGGAGAUAUUGCCAUGCAUAUUCACAAUGGCCAACAGAAAGCGACUAACGGAAAGCUCGACCCAAAGCUGGAUUAACUGAGACCGAGGCCUUCUCGACUGUCACUCUCACCAUCGAAUACGGCAUACCUGUAUCAAGCUAUAUGGCGUGUAUUGAUCAGAAAUAACAGUCCAUACUGCGUCACAAUAAGAACUCGGCCAGGUUAAAACAACUGAACCCGGGGUCCAUCUUCGCCAUAACACGGGCGUGGUCGCUGUCAAACUGUGUGGGACAUCCCAUUAAAAUGACCCGGCGGAGCGACUCGGUUCCCGACCCCAAGGCUAUGGGGCCCAACCCGGAACAUUACCAGGCGGCAUUCGCACCGUGUGUAUUUGUAGCCGUGGCGUUAAUACUGGUCACCAUCGGUCUAGGGACGGACGCCUGGUAUAGGUAUGCCACAGAGGCCAACGCCGUUGACACCGACCCUUUACAUAACCGAGAGUUUGGGCUAUGGAGGACGUGCUUCUAUAACUGGCCUACAGGUGCAAUGUCCAGAGUCAAGCUUGUUCCACCAUACUUAGUGUGUAUAGACGAAGUUCCCGAGACUGCCAACAGUUCAAAUGUUUUGUAUAGUAGGAUGAAAGGUAUGGUUCGUGUAACCAUGGCAUGCGUGCUGGCAUCUGCUGGAGUGCUCCUCUUGACACUUGUGGUCAUAACUCUUGGUUACUGGCGACAUCUGGUGCCACAGGUCAACGUCAGACAAAUAACGUGGGCCGCCGGGGGUUUCUCUUUACUUGGAGGUUGUUUAGAGAUGGCUGGUCUGAUAUCUUUCAUAGCAUUACGAGACAUGGAGCAAGAAGGAAAAGGCCUGGGCAAUUCUUACUAUACCAGCUACGGAUGGUCGUUUAUCAUAAGUUGGGUUGGAGCGAUUUUUGCCGUUCUAGCUGGCUUUACAUUUUUCUAUGUUGCAUAUCUGAUGCUGCUGGAUUACAAGUAUAUCAAAUCUAUAACUUUCCCCGGUGGAUUUACCGAGGAGACUUCGCAAAACGGGAGUAGCCUAGCUGGACCAAGGGUUUGACGGUGGAUUUUAAUUUUUUUUUGUGAUACUUACCGUGCUUUCAUGUAGAUUAUGAUUCUAAUUUAAUACACAAGAUACCGUGGACAACAUUACAUUUUAAUCAUGUCGGAUGACAGAUGGAAAUCAUGUUUUCUUUAAGACGGGAAACAGCCUCCUUGUACUCAGUGAACGAGGUGAAUAAAGACUUGUUUUCUGGAAGGAUGGAUGAAUAUUCACAUUAUCUUUUACAUUACAAAAUAAGCUUGUCUAAGAUCUGUCACACUGUGUCACUGAGCACUGUAUACAAAUACUGUAAUUUGGUGUGAAUAAAAUAAA